UCCGCAUUUGAAGUCCGAGUUGUAUAUUUACAGAAAUAACCCUAUGAGUCACUCAGAAGAGCUCAAGAGACCAAACACAAAACCAAACAUCCCAAGUUAACAUAAACCAAGCUGCUUCAAUGUUCUCUUUCAACCUUUGAAUCUGCGUAAGUGCUUAGUGUGUGCAGGAAAAAGUAACUUAUUGGUUUAGUGUAGAUAAGAUUAGUAUGGGUGAGGAAGAACCGGUUAAUACAGUUUCCAAGACUGACUCAAAUGGCAAUAGCACUCUGGAGAAAACUUUAGAUGACACGAAUGAAAAGAAGGACUGCGAACCUAAGGGAGGAAAAUCCUUGGAGAAUAAUGCAGUCAAAGACUUGAAGGAGGAUGGUAUAAAAGAAAUGGAAGUUGAUAAGAAAGCUGAUGGGGAGGAAGAACUAGAAAUGAAAGAGGAUAAGAAAGUUGAUGAUGGUAAGGUUAUAAAAGACGAUAACAAAGUUGGCGACGUGGAAGAAUUAAAAGACAGUAAGAAAGUUGAUGAAGGGGGGAAAUUAAAAGAGGCUGGGAAAGAAGUUGACAUGAAAGAAUCAGACGAUGAUAAGAUAGAUGAUUUUGUGAAUGAAAUGGAAGAAAAUAAGAAAGAUGAUAACGGGUUUGAGAAGGUUAAUGAGAAGUCAAAUGAAGAAGAUAUCAAAGUUGAGAAACGAUUGAAAAAAUGUGUGAGAGGAAAGACUAUUGAAGAGAAAAGUCAAGAAGGGGGGGAGGAUGAUAAGGUUGACGAUAAGUCAAAUGAAGAAGAUAAAGAUGAUACUAAAAUUGUGAAACUAUCGAAAAAGAGUGGGAGAGGAAAGGUCGAUGUGGAGAAGAUGAAAAAGAAAAUAAAGGAACAGAAGGAGACAAAGGGUAUCCCUGAAGGCAAAAAUGAGAGCAGUGAAAAUGAUGAAAGGCAAGAAGGGGAGGAGGAUGGUAAGGAUAAGGUUGACAAUAAGUCAAAUGAAGAUGGCGCUGAAGAUGUUGAAGUUGAGAAAGGAUUAAAAAAGCGCGGGAGAGGAAACAUCGAUGCGGGGCAGGCGAAAAAUGAAAUAAAGGAACUGAAGGAGACAGAGCCAAGGACUCCUACGACAACCAACCGUCCUGUACGUGAAAGGAAAUCUGUUAAGAGGUUGAUAGAAUCAGAGGAGACAGAUGCAUCCAAAGAAUUUCACAUUGAAAAGGGUCGUGGUACACCUUUAAAAGAUAUCCCUAAUGUGGCAUUUAAAUUAUCUAAAAGGACGGUUGAUGAUAAUUUAAAAUUACUCCAUACAAUCCUCUUUAGUAGGAGAGGAAAGGCCACCGAGAUUAAGAAUAAUAUAUCAAGUUUUUCUGGUUUUGUAUGGCAUGAAAAUGAGGAAAAUCAAAUGAUUAAACUAAAAGAAAAAUUUGACAAGUGUAAUAAAGAGAACUUGAUGGAAUUCUGCGACGUGCUUGACAUGCCAGUUACGAACGCAAAUACAAGGAAGGAAGAUAUUAUUGCAAAGCUAAUAGACUAUCUGGUUGCUCCUAAAGCCACUAAAACUGUGUUACUUGCAGAACAAGAAAAGUCCACUAAAGGGAAAAAGCGCAUAGCAAAAUCUGAAGAAAAAUCUGAAACAGCAACGCCACGUUCUGCUAAGAGCCGGAAGAAAAAUGAAGAUUUUUCAGUAGCAGAGAAGAGAAUUACCUCAACUGACACGGAAAGUGAGUCUGUGAAAGAAGAUAAAGUUGAAGAGAAAAAUAAAAACAAUGUUCCUGACAAUUCCGAAGAUGAAAAGUCGAUUCAAGAAAAAAAGCGCAAGCGCAUAGCAAAACAAGAUUCAUCGGAAACUGGAACAGCAAGAUCAAGACGUUCGGUUAAGAGUCAGAAGAAAAAUGGAGAUUCUGAAGUAGCAGCGGUGAGAAAGAGAUCAACUGACGCAGAAAAUGAGGCUGAGGAAGAACAGAAAGAUGAAAAAAAUGAAGCGGAAAAUGGAAAAGUUCCUGACAAAUCCAAGGAUGAAAAGCCUGUAAAAUCUGAAAGUGAGGAUAAAAAUGAUUCUGAUAAGGAAUCUGAAGAUGUGAAGAAAGUGAGUAAAACAACUAGAACAUCUUCAAGACAGAAAGAAGCUGCUGCAAAAAGUAAAGCAAAGCAAAUAACAGUUACAACAAAACCUUGCGCAGCACGUAAGAGAACUUCUAAGAAACCAUUGUCUACACACUCCGAGUCUGAUCAUGAUGAUAGUGAGGAAAGUCCAAAGGUCUUUUCAAGGAGGAAGAAAAAUGUAAAACAAGGAAAGCAGAAGAGCUCGAGUCUCACCAAGUCUUCCUCCGAAGACAAAACAGAAAAGGUUACUGAAAGAAAGGACAAGAGCAAAGAGGAGUCAGACCCCAGCGAUGAUCAGCUACGGAAGGGAAUAUGUGAUAUUUUCAAAGUUGUUGACUUCAAUACGGCUACAUUUAAGGAUACUGUGGAGCUACUCGGUAAGCGAUUCAACGUGGAUCUCACACCAAGAAAGGCGUCUAUAAAGACUAUUAUUCAGGAAGAGCUAACAAAACUAGUUGCAGAAGAUAUGGAAAAAGAAGAAAGGGGUGAGGAGGUUGAAGAUAUGUUGAAGAAGCCUAACUGAGGAUUAGGUGUGACUGCUUGGAGAUAUAUAAAUAGGUUUAUCAAUAUAUACAUUUUGAUUGGUUAUGCAUUUUAAGUACAUUUUGUAGAGCAAAAGUUGCUAUAACUAGCAAAAGUUGCUAGCAGUAGUUUCAAUAUUUUGUGGUGGCCUUAGUUGUGCUAUCAGUAAUUAUGCAGUUUCUUGCUUACACAUGAACACAACAUGUAAGGAAACUUUUGUGUAGGCUUUUUGUUAUGGAUAUAACUGUUAAAUACUAGUUUCAACUA